AUGCCAGAGCAACAGGUUUACCACAUCCAUCCUCUCGGCUGGGAAAACGACCCCGAUGAGGAGCGCUACAGAGUCUCCCCGCUCGACUACGUAGGAACAUGCGUCUUUAACAACUAUGCCCUCUACUUCAAGUUGAAAGACGAAGAGAAGCUUAAGGUCCUCGAGGUGUUGCGGAGUGGUCUCGAGCGAACCCUCAGCCAAACCCGUCACCUCACCAGCACCAUCGAGGAGGGCCCCGACGGCGACCACUGGUUUGUCCGCAGGUAUGACAACACAGUCGAGCUCCGCGCGCAGUGGCUCGACUCCCCCAAGGACGCAGAAAAGUACCCAUCUCUGCAAGACAUGGAAAACUCGCACUUCAGCGCCCUAACCCUCGGCGACCUCGACCUCUGGCGGAUCCCGCACAUGCGCUACGGCGCGGACAACCCGGCCGCGCACCCGGACCUCCACCCCGCCGUCACGGCCUUCAAAGCCAGCUUCGUCCGCGGCGGCCUAGUCCUCGUGACACACAUGCACCACCUCGCAAACGACCUCUCCGGCUGGGCCAGCUUCGUCCGACAGCUCGCCGACAACUGCCGCGCCGCCCUCACCGGCACCCCCUACCCACCCUGGGACCCAGCCUGCCUGACCGUAACGCGGCGGCUCGCCAAGCCCCCUAUCCCAGAAGCCGAGAAGGGGGGCGCCAAAGCCUGCUCUUUCACCUCCCCAAAUCCAAAGGCACCCAGCUCAAAGGCCUCUGGCAACCCCCAUUCGCACCAACAACAACCCCAACCCCAAACCGCCCAUCCAUCCACCUACGCCGCAACAACCGCCCUCCUUCUCCACAUCCUCACCCGCCUGCGCCACCCACAUUAUUCUACACAAAUCCCACUCACCGCACGCCCGCUCUGGGCCGAGGUAAUUGACAUGCGGCGGCGGUGCGCAACAGCCCACCCCGAUUUUGGUCUGGGAGGUCCCAUCCCGCCGCGCAUGCAGCGCAACCUGCUCUCGGCGGCGGUGUCGCGGUUGGAGAUAUCUGGGGUGGGGAGGGGGCCGACGGUGGGGGGGUUGUUGGGAACUGCGACUGGGACUAGGACUGAGGUUACUUGUAGCGGUGGGGGAGGUGAAGGGGAGGAGGAGGAAGUCUGGCCGCUGCACCGGACCGCGGCGUGGGUGCGGGAUAUGACGGAGGCGGCGGGCACGCGGGCCGUGCUGCAGGGGCUGCAUGACCAGUUCCAUGUGCUGCGCGACAGAACGCGCGCCGCGGCGGACCUGCACGACUUGCCUGCGCUGGCGGUCGCGGUUUCGGAUCAUCGUGAGGCGGCGGCGCUGAUUGGUGAUAGUGGCGGGAGGGAUGAGGAGGGGGAGGGCGCGGAGUUUGGGUUUGGGAGGCCGGUUGCGUAUCGCCAGCUCUGGGGGCGCGUGGAUGUUGGGUUGGUGAUUGUGUAUCCUGCGCGGGCUGGGAUGUUGGGUGAGGAUGAGGGGUUGGAAUUUACGAUUGGAUAUGAGAAGGCGCUGGCGAAGGAGUUGGUGGAGGAUGAGGAGUUUGGGAAGUGGUUUGAAUAUCGUGGAGUAGAUUGGGAGGAAGAGUGA